CAGCGCUCCAAGUGGUGCUGCCGAUUCUGUACGGGACGUGAUGGCAAACCAUUCGUCAAUUACCCCGACAAGUUGGCCUGUCACAGCUGCUCAGUCUCCAAGAGUGCAGCUUUCUUGUCCAAGCCCGUGCCGAAGCAGCCUUCGACAAGCUUGGCCAGCCGCACCAAGAGCCAGAAGCCUGGGGCCAUGGCCAAACAACUGCUCGCAAUGGAGAAGCGUGUGGCUGGGCUCACAACAGAGCUCAAGCAGGCACGUGCCCAGCCGUUGGCCCAGGAUGUCGACGCAGGCGCUAUGGAAGUCGAAGUGGUCACGGAGUCAAAGAAGCGAGCUGCUGAGCUAGAUGGCCUCACCCACUCGCUCGCUAAAGUCCGUCCUGCCACGCCCGAGAUCGACCUGGUCCUUCAACGGUACAGGGAUGAGCGUGGGGCGCUCCGUGGUACUAUCUUCCAGGCCAAGCCAGAUGGUAUCAAGCUCAAGGAAAUUGGUCAGCGCAUCACUAAGCUUGAGUGUCAGUUGCAGCGCUGA